UUCUUUAUUACUUCCACUAGUGUAUUACUUUCGUACACUGGGCGCAAUGAAGAGUGUCAUUGUUAGUAUUACGGUGAUACUCGGCACAGUCCCCCUUCUAGCCGCGCACCCACUCCUCCUCCAAUAUAGUUAUCCCCCCGCAAACGGCACGACCCAGUACCAACAUUCCCACAAUAAGCGGGAAGCUGAUGCGUCAGCUCAGUGUGGCUUUUGCGCUCUUCACGAUCUUUAUGGCCACUAUUAUCUUGAUCUAAGUGCCUGCACUACAAGCGACUGCCAAGGGUUGGCUAAUGAGGCGCAGGAGAAGACUGGGGCCGACAGCUGCGUUGAAAGUAGUAGUUUCGCUGGGUGCUUUAUUAAGUGCUACUACUCUGGUAAACCAGAUCAAAACAGUAUCGACCAACUCGAUAGAACUUAUUGUUAG